UCAUCAGGAAAUGGUUAUAGUAUUGACCCUUUUGAGGGGGUCUUUUUACAAAUUGUGUCUAAAUUAAUGUGCUUUUACACUUAAGAAACAUCAAAAUGAGUCAACUUUUUACUUGUCUCAAAAAUGAUGACACCACUGUUUUUAGCCAAGCGUUUAUAUUAAAGUUUAGUGAUUGUGUUGGGGUAGAUUGGAGAACUCUUGGUCGCUGGUUAAAUAUUAAAGAAAGCUAUUUAGACAUGAUUGAUAAAGAUAUUAGUAAAAGUGAUGAAAAAGCGUUUUCGAUGUUAACUAAAUGGUUACAAAUGAAUUGCAAUCCAACACUUGAUGAGCUGAAAACAGCUUUAAAAGAAAUGAAAAGAAUGGAUCUAGUAAGAAUGGCAGAUGAAUUUACAAACACUGGAAAUUCACCUAAAAUAUCUUCAGGAUUUGCUGCCAAUAAAGAUUCUUCAAAUCCACCAGAUGUUGCUAGCAGAGUUCAUGUCAAUAAAGAUAUAUCAGAGGUAUGCACAGCACUAAAAAAUUAUUAUCUGAAAGAUUAUGGCAAAAUAAAUGAACUUCAACCACUAUUAAAAGCACCUGCUAAUGUUGAUCUAAUACAAAAAUUUGUUGAUCUAUGUAUUGUUGAUGCACAUAAUGCUCAAAUGGAUGUUGUUUGUAGUGUUGAACGAAAUAAAUUUCUUGAAAAGCAAAUGAGUUAUACACCAAUUCCAUAUAGUGAAAUAUUUAUGAACGAAAAAUCAGUAAUAUUAAUAUCUGGAAUAGCUGGUAUUGGAAAAACAUGGUUGCUCAGAAAGUGUUUGCUUGAUUGGUCGAAAAAUUUGAUUUGGAAUAAUGUUGAACUUGUGUUUUAUUUGGAAUGCAGGAGGCUUAAUCAAUAUCAAAAUGUUUUGAAUAUUAAUGAAUUAUUAAAUGUUUUCUACAAACAUAUUUUAAAUGAUUUUGAUAUUAGUAAGCAUACUACAUUGUUUAUAAUUGAUGGAUUAGAUGAAUUUAAAUAUUUAAAUGAAUUAUUAAAUCCAAAUUUAAGUUGUACCUUUCCGAUUGUUAAUGCUUUAGCAGAAAUUCAAAGUUAUAAACAUGUAGUUGCUGGUAGAGUUUAUGCAAUUGAUAAAUACCAAAAUAUAUAUACAGAGCAUUUUGAUAAGUUAACCAUUCAAAUAAUGGGAUUUAACCAAGGCGGAGUUGAAAAUUAUGUAGAAAAUCAUGUUAUAGAAGAAAAAAAAGAAGUUGUUAAAGCAACUUUAAAGGAGUCUUCAAUUGCAAAAGUUAUGGCGACUGUUCCAUUUUAUUUAUCUUCCAUGUGUAAAAUUAUUAGUGAUUCAAGCAAAAUAUAUACAACUUCUUUCUUAACGAUGACAGAAUUGUAUGCAAAUAUUUUUUUAUACUUUUUGCAAAAACACAUUAUCAAAAAUAAUGGAUUGGUUUAUGAAAUGAUGGCAAAUGAAAAUAAUAAGAAAUAUGUAUUAACUAUUUGUAGGAUAGCUUUUGAAUUGUUUAUUGAAAACAAAUUUAUUUUUUUGAAAGAAGAAGUUUUACUAUUUAUCAAUAACUUUAAUGAAGUUGAUGAAAGUCUUUUUGGUUUUAUUGAAAGGGUUGAAACUCAUCUUGGUUAUUUUUACCAAUUCGCACAUUUGACAGUGAUGGAGUUUUGUGCAUCUGUGUAUGCAUACAAUUGUUUAAGCUUUGAAGAGAUUAUGGCCAAUAAAAAGCUGAAGAGUUGUUUAUCAAUGAUUUGUGGAUUAAGCAAUAAAAGCCAAAAUAUUAUAUUAAAGUUUCUUGUUAACCUGAAUCCUUCUAAAAAAUCAAAAGAAGAGUCUUCACUUUUGGUUUCUAUUUUGGAUUGUCUAUCUAAAAGAAUUGAAGGUCAUUUUAAUGAUGAUUUCAAUUUUUUCUACGAAUGUUUUUACGAAAGUCAAUCGUCAUUCACUGAUGAAAUAAAAUCAAUUGUUGAUGAACAAAAUAAACAAAGGUUUUGUUUUGGUGGUUGGAGGAUUUCGAUUGACGAUGGAAAAACUUCUUACGCAACUUCUUGCGAUAAUUAUUUCGUAAAUUAUUACAUAAAAUCUGGAAGAAAGUUAAAGUUGUUAAGUGUUCAUAAAAAAAUUUUAAGUGAUGAAGAAAAAAAUCUUUUAAUUCGAUGUUUAACUAAUGUUCGCGUUGUCAGCUUUUAUCGUCCAAUUAAUUUCGAAGGAUGGAAACCGAAGGAUAAGAUUGAAGAGUUGACGAUAUGGAUCUCUGAUUAUUUAAUAACAAAAAAAUAUUUUGAAGAAAAUUUUCUUCCUUCGAUUAAUCUUUGUGAAGAAUUAAAUCUUCGUCUUCACGACGACAUUGAUUUCUUUGAAGACAUUUGUGAAUGGAUUUGUUGUUCGAACAUCAAGAAGUUUAUGAUCACGUACCGUAGAAAAUAUUUUCAUAACCUCGAUGAAUUACGCGGAAAAUAUUUUCAUAACCUCGAUGAAUAACGUGGGAAAAUGUUU